AUGGCGUUAAAAAUAGCUGGUUCCCCCAGCACCACAUUCGAUCAUUCACCGUUCAAUAGAAAUGAAGGUCUUUACGAUAUACAACCUGUGUGGCUUGACGCAAAUAUUGAGAAGAAUGAUGAAUGUUUAGAAAUCGUUCAUGUUUUACUUUCCUGCAUUAGUUAUAUGAAAACAUUUAAUGAUGUUGAUGUAUUUACAGAAUAUAUUGAGUCGGUAGGUAAGGCGGAGCAAAUCUUUUGUAUUCUAUCUGGAGAAUUUGCCGAAAAUAUUAUUUCACAAAUUCAUAAUCAAACACAAAUUAUAUUUAUUUAUAUAUUCUGGAUGAAUGCAUCCACAUAUAAAGAAUUAAAUAUUUGUAAUCCAAAAGUACGAGGAAUAUUUACUGAUAAAUGUAAGGUUCUUGAAAAAUUAAUACAAGACAUAAAGUUCUGUUCUCAGAUUUCAUUCUCAACAUAUAGACACAAAAAUAAUAAUAGUAAUAUCAAACUUCUAACAAUUCCAUCAUUGAAUACAGAAGAUAUAAAAUUUUUAUCACAUGUGUUUGUUACUAAGCUUUUAUUGAAAUUACCAUAUCCAAACGGUGAAGAUAAAUCUGAAUUAAUAAAUGAAUGUCGAAUACAUUAUAAUAACGAUUUUAUAGAACUUGAACGAAUUGAUGAAUUCGAGAAGACAUAUUGUCAAAGAGAGGCAAUUAAAUGGUAUACAAGGGAUUGUUUUGUUUUUCGAUUGAUUAAUAAAGCGUUGAGAACACUAAAUUUGGAUAUGAUUUAUAAAUUUCGAUUUUUAAUUAAUGAUAUUCAUUGUCUAUUACAAAAUGCAUACACAUUAAGAGCUCGACAUAAUCUAGACAGAACGUAUCAAACGACAACCGUUUAUCGUGGUCAGUAUUUAACAAAUGAAGAAUUAAAAAGAUUACAAAUUCAUAAGGGUUCAUUUAUAGUAUUUAGUAGUUUUCUUUCGGCAUCAACAUCAAGCAGCGUUGCCUUAUCAUUUGCUGUAAAAGAUUGUAACACAUUUUUGGAAUCUGUAUUAUUUGAAAUAAAAAUUGAAUAUACAGGUUUAUUAAAUAUGCCGCAUUUGAAAGUAGAAAAAUUUAGCCAAUUUAAAAGCGAAAAUGAAAUGUUAUUUUCACUUGGAACUAUUUUUCAAAUUGAAUCUGUUAACGAACAUUCAGACACUUUAUGGGUUGUUCAGCUUAGAUUAAGCAACGAUCAAACGUUGAAUAUUCCACAAAAAUUGAAAGAUAUUUUUCAAAAAUCGAAUUCACAUGAACAUCUUGAAAGGUUUAUUCUAACAGAUCAAGUAUUUAAAGCCGACGAACAAGAUUUUAUUAAAAAAUGUUUUACAGAAGAAUUUACAAGUAAUACUAGUGCAAAAGCUAGUUUGUAUAUAAGUGUUGGACGUUUAUAUGGUAAAAUUGAAAACUAUGAAAUGGAAUUAAUACAUUAUGAUAAAGCAGUUAACAGCUUACCUACUAAUCAUUCUUUUCGAUCACUAAUAUAUCAUAGUAUUGCCACAAUUAACUUUGAACAUUCGGACUUUGACGCAGUAUUGGAAAAUUGUCAGAAAAUGAUUAACGCUAUGACUUCUAAUACGAAAAAUUUGGCUGGUUUAAUAUGUCAGAAUUUUGCUAAUAUUUAUGAAACUAUAUUUGGUGGUAACGAGCAACCAAUAGUAAUAAAAGUUUGCAUUGAGGUUAUGAAUCUUUUAUUAAAAUCUUUCCCUGAUUAUUUUCCAAAAUUUGUUCCAUACUACGCCAUACUCGCUUACAUUUCUGUGAUAAAUAAUGAUUCUUCCAUGGCAAAUGAUUACUUUAACAAAGCUGUUAACGAUAAAAAGUAUUAUUAUUAUUUAUCAGCAGUAUUCUACAAAACAUUAGCUGAUUUAUAUUAUAUAAAAAAUAAACAUUCUGAGGCCUUCAAAAAUUACGAAAACGCACUUGACCAAUAUAGAAAGGCUUACGAGCGCAGUUCAGAAUGUUAUUUCAUUGAUCAGUCAUUUAAUAUAUCUUUAUUCUCUAAACUAAGAGACUAUAAUGAACGAGCUGGAAAGUAUGCAAAAGCGUUAGAAUAUUUAGAGAUAAUGAUUCGAAUAGAGAAUGAUUUGGUUGUUGAUUUUGUCUACCAUGGCCGAUAUCAAUAUUUAGAAAAAUUUCUCAUAAAUUCCAGCGGUUAUAAAUCUCAAAAUGAUAGAAAUUACAUUAAAGGACUAGCUGAAAAUCAAAUCGAACUACAUCGAAGCAUUAUUAACUAUUUCUUAUGCUUCGCUUUAUAUCAGCGUAAGCACAAAAACUAUAUACAAGAAUUAGACUGUUAUGAAAAAUGUAUAAAAAAAUUACCUAUGGGACAUAAACUAGUUCCGUUAUUUUAUCAUUGUAUUGGAAGUAUUCAUUACAACCUUAGAGAUUAUGAAACUGCAAUCGAAAAUUUGAAGAGAGGAAUUUAUUUUGGCAUCAACAAGAUUAAUUAUCCAUCAGUUGCUUUAUCGUACGAAAAAUUAGCAGAAAUCUAUGACCAAGAAAACCAGUUUACGCCCUCACAUCUUGAGCCAGGUUCAUUAGUAUUAGAGAAUUACAGAAAAGCUAUUGAAAUACGUUUCGAUACUUAA